CAGUGUUCUCAUCAGGCAGUCAUUGAAAAAAGUAGCACAAAUUUGGCCUUUAUGUGCAUUACUACCACAAUUUUGUCAUGCACCACUGUGCUUUGUGGGCUUGUAAAACAGAGGAUGUUUGGAAACUAAUGCAAUGGCAACAUCUAGCAAGUUUGAUAUACCUUCUGGUAGCCCGGAUAGACCAUUAUACACCAGUGGGCAGCGUGGAUCCCACAUAGCUGCUACAUUGGACAGAUCGGUUAGCUUUCGGGAGAGUAUGGAGAAUCCUAUUCUAUCUUCCCUCCCAAACAUGUCGAGAAGCAGUUCUACAGUAACACAAGGUGAUGUUGUGAACUUCUUCCAAUGCAUACGUUUUGAUCCGAAGGUGCUGGCUGCAGACCAUAAGUCUAGUCGGCAAGUGGACUUCAAACGUCAUGUGAGUCAUGCACUUAGCAUUUCACCAGAUGAUUCUUCAUCUGGUUCUUCAAAAGGCAAGCUGCUACCAUCUCCGAUACCAGAAGAAGUCAAACGCGUAAAGACUGGUCUUGUCAAGGCGAGGGAACGUGUGAAAAUUUUCAAUGAAUCACUAUCUGUAUUCAACAAAAUUUUCCCAACUGUACCAUCAAAGAAGAGAUCCAGAUCAGAAGGUUUUUUUAGUGACCGUUCUAGUGUGUUAUCAAGUGAUCGUUCAGUCCUGGGGCCAAGUGUAGCUAAGAUUGGAAAUCAGAGUCAUGCUGCCCCCAGUGGUUUUGAGCUUGAGCAACAAAAAGCAGAAGAACGAACUAAAAAUGCUGUCCCAAACAAGCGCACUCGAACUUCUUUGGUGGAUGUGAGAAUGGAUGUGCAGAGUAAUGCUCUUGUCAGGCCAUCUGGAGCUAUAGAUAGGGACAGGGAGAUGCUAAGGCUUGCAAAUGGUGCUGCAGUUCAGGCAGAGGAUCGAACAUUGCCUAUUGGUGGUGACGGUUGGGAAAAGUCAAAAAUGAAGAAAAAGCGUUCAGGGAUAAAGCCAGAUGUUUCUCCGAAUACAAUGUCAACUAAACCAAUUGAUGGCUACCGAGAAGCUAAACAGGGAAUGCAACAGAGGCUUGUUGCUGAUACCCGGUCUAGGUUAAGUAAUGAUUCCCAUGGUUUCAGGCCAGGAGUGCUGAAUGGAGCUGUUGGAGUUGGAAAAUCAGAUGGUAUCUUACAACAGACUGGCUUGGGCAUGCGUUCCUCCAUCCCUAGGACUGACCCUGACUAUGGUUCCCUUACAAAUGACAGAAGAGAUCGUCCCAUUGGUUCAGAUAAGGAAAGGUUGAACCUUAGAGCCAUCAAUAAGACAAAUGUUCGUGAUGAUUUUAAUUCAGCCAGUCCUACCUCAAACACAAAAAUGAAUGCAUCUAUUCGGGCUCCAAGAUCCAGUUCAGGUGUUGCACCCAAGUUGUCGCCUGUUGUACAUAGGGCAACUGUUCCUAAUGAUUGGGAGCUUUCUAAUUGUUCAAACAAGCCACCUGCUGCUGUUGGAGCCAAUAAUCGAAAACGCAUGGCAUCAGCACGGUCUUCAUCCCCACCCGGUGCCCACGGCGCCAGCCAGAGGCCCCAGAAGAUUUCCCGAACGGCAAGACGUACAAAUCCUGCCGUUCCAAUUGUUUCGAGCAAUGAUGAAAUUCCUACUCUGGAUACUGGACCUGAUGUCUCGGGUAAUGACAUUGGGUUGGGAUUUGCCAGACGCUUGCCUGGCAGUUCCCCUCAGCAAGUGAAAUUAAGAAGUGAUCCUCUGUCUUCAGCCACCUUAUCUGAAAGUGAGGAGUCAGGGGCUGUGGAAACUAAAUCCCGAGAUAAGUGCAGAAAGUCUGAUGAGAUAGAUGAGAAAGGUGGACAGAAUGUACAGAAGGUGUCCACUCUGGUCCUGUCAUCUAGAAAGAAUAAGCCAGUUACUGGGGAAGACCUUGGAGAUGGUGUUCGGAGGCAAGGGAGGACUGGGCGAGGUUUUACUUCCACAAGGUCUCUCAUGCCCAUGCCAGUUGAGAAGGUUGGCAACGUGGGAACUGCAAAACAGCUUAGGAGUGCAAGGCUUGGUUUUGACAAGAGCGAAAGCAAGGCGGGUCGUCCACCAACUAGGAAACUUUCAGACCGGAAGGCCUAUCCACGUCAAAAGCAUACAGCUACUAAUACAGCAGCAGAUUUUCUCGUUGGGUCGGAUGAUGGGCAUGAAGAACUAUUGGCUGCUGCAAAUGCUGUUACUAAUCAUGCUCGUGCCUUUGCCAGCCCUUUUUGGAGGCAGAUGGAGCCAUUUUUUGGUUUCAUAUCCAACGCAGACAUAUCUUUCUUAAAGAAACAAGGAAAUCUUGAUUCUGCUGCUACGCCAACUCCACUCCAUUCCAAUGUUGUUGGUUGCAGUCCUGUUCCUAAUGGACAUGGGUUGAUUGAACAUGAGAUAGAUAUGGGGCUUACUAGAUGCACCGAACUGCUUGCAGAACAUUUAGUACCAGGUACAGGGGAUCAUAGUGUGAUUCCCUUAUGUCAGAGACUCAUAGCAGCUCUAAUUUCAGAGGAGGAUUGUAACAGUGGACAUGAAGACCUGAAAUAUGAUGAAUAUGGUACUGAGUUUGAGCUCGAUGGACAAUUGGAAUCAAACAGUUUGAAUGACCAGUCGUUACUUGGCUUUCAGCUUGUUGGGUCUACUGCUUUUAAGGGCUAUACAAUAACUGGGAAGGUAGAGCCUGAUGAACAUGAAAGCAACAUAAUGGGCGCCAUAAAUGCAGGGAUGCACUCAAGAGUUGGUCAUUCCCUAAACGGCUUACAUUCGGACCAGUUGAUGAUGCCUAGCAUGACCUGCUCAGAAACUCAGUAUGAUAAUAUGCAGAUAAAUGAAAAACUUCUCCUGGAGGUUCGAAGUAUUGGUAUUUUUCCAGAACCUGUGCCUGACAUGGCACUGAUGGAGGAUGUAGGAAUCAGUGAUGAAAUCAGCACAUUAGAGGAGAAGUACCAAGAACAGAUUUCGAAGAAGAAAGGAGUACUAGAAAGACUGUUGAAGUCUGCCUCAACCAUAAAAGACCACCAAGAGAAGGAGUUUGAAGAACGUGCCCUUGACAAACUUGUUGGAAUGGCCUGUGAAAAGUAUAUGACUUAUCGGGGUCCUCAUGGCACUGGUGGGAAGAGUUACGGUAACAAAAUGGCCAGGCAAGCUGCAUUAGCAUUUGUUAAACGGACAUUGGAACGUUGUCAUAAAUUUGAGAAUACAGGAAAGAGCUGCUUUAGCGAGCCCUUAUUUAAGGAUAAAUUUCUAUCUGGGUCUUCCAAUCUUAAUGGUGCCCAACCAGCAGAUACUAGCACAGAGGGUGAACCAACCAAACCAUAUGCCUCCAUCCGUUCUCUUGAAGGUUCAAUGGGUUCACAGCAAAGCCCUUCACAAUUUGUUCAGAAUGCAGACAACCAUGAUAUUAACUCUGUGGAUGUGCUUUUGCCUGUAAAUCACUUAUCUGAACAAACUACUGGUAAAGAAGAUACAUGGUCAAACAGGGUGAAGAAGAGGGAAUUGUUGCUUGAUGAUGUUGGUGGUACUAUCGUUACUUCAAGUACCCCGUCAGGCAUUGGCAGUUCUCUAUUGAGCAGUGCCAAAGGAAAGAGAAGUGAGAGGGACAGAGAUGGAAAGGGACACAGCAGAGAGAUGCCAUCUAGAAAUGGUACUACUAAAAUUGGUCGAGCUUUAUCCAACACCAAGGGGGAAAGGAAAUCUAAAACAAAGCCUAAGCAGAAAAUGACUCAGCUAUCUGUUUCUGUAAAUGGCCUUGUCAGCAAGAUACCAGAGCAAUCCAAACCAGCAUUACCUUCUGUAUCAAAGUCAAAUGAAAUUACUAGAAGUAGCAAUGUCAAGGAAAAAGAUGGGUUUGGCUUGGAUGUAAUGGAUGACCCUGUGUCUCUUGAUUUAUCGAAUCUACGUAUACCGGAAAUGGAUGUACUAGGUGUGCCUGAUGAUCUUGAUGGGCAGGGCCAGGAUCUGGGUUCUUGGUUGAACAUUGAUGAUGAGGGUUUGCAAGAUCAUGAUUUCAUGGGUCUUGAAAUUCCAAUGGAUGACCUUUCAGACUUAAAUAUGAUGGUUUGAAGUUGCUUUCUUUGUAUAGUCUUGUUCAUUAUACUAUUGACACACGAAACAAAGUCGCUGUUGUCAAGAAAUGACCCGUCACAUGAAAUAGUCAUUUGGCUAUCGGGUUCACAAGUAGGUUAUAUAAAUUCUUUCCUAGACUCUUGCACAAGUUGAUUUUCGAGUGAACCUUUCGGAUGUUUUGGAUUUUGCUCCUGUAUUAAGUUGGUGACUUCAGACUGUAAAUUUUUGUUCAAGGUACAAGUUAGUAUGUCCUACAAAUUAUCUCUUAGCAAACAGUGGACUCUGGCUGUAGCUGUCACAAAUGAGAGAGCAAUGCCUCUUUUAUUGUACAUACAUUUUAUAUUUCUAAUAAAAUCAGCUUUUUGUUCCA